AUUUCCUCCUCUAUCCUGUCCACAUAUUGUUAUGCUUUCCUCUACACCUUCCUGUCGCAUUCUGACUGUGGCCACAACGUUAGAACGAGCCAUCAGCCUCGUUGAACAAAUUCAGGCAUUGUCGCCAACAGUUCCACCUAUCGAUUCUUCGGGAACGCGAACCGGGUCGACAGAUAAUGGAAGCGAGAAGUCCAUAACUUGGACAAUAUCGAAUAGAUAUUACUCUGCCGAUAUACAUUUUCUCGCACGAACUAUAAAGGGACUGUCGCCAUAUCAUCUACAAGAGGUUCCAGCGCUGAUAUUUACUUGGAACAAGGGAAAUGCGUAUAAACAUCACAUUUUGCGCCUUGCUCAGGACCUUAAAGGCCUUGAACCUGAAGUCACUCUAGCGGUCAGGCUUCCGCCUUCUGGCUCCAAUGAUCAGACCAAGGCAGAAGAUGAAGACGAUGACGAAAGGACAGAAGAUGUGGCAGACAUGGACGAGUUUCUUUCCGAACAUGGAUUUGAAUUCAUUGACGUCAAUACUAACGUUGAAAAAACCAACGAUUCUGGAAUACCGUCCCUACCUCGAGUCAUCGAUGCGUUAAGCACUAUCAUGUGGCCGUCUAUGCAAACAUCACCGAGAUCGAACAGUCGGUCUAUAGCCGACUCUCGUCCCGCUGCCCUCCUCGAUUGGGCUCAAUCUUCAGGCGAUGACUUCGAUCUUUCUUUAGAUUCCGAUCUCUUGGUCACUCGAGGUAAUAGCGACAACACACUGGCAGCCGUUCGGCAACAGAAGGACCUUGAUGUGCUCACUCGCUGGCUGGAAGAGGGAGACGAUUCUAGGGAUGACCCGUGGAAGCUUGCAAACCAAAUUGUCGAUUCCCCCGCAGUGGACAACGACGAAGUCGCAGAUCAUGUCGACGCGCCCACACCAAAGCCCGCUUUUGAUCGCUUCGAUGACGAUUUCACGGUUUUUGUCUCGUCACCCGCUGCCGGGAACACUUCGGAUGGUCACGUUUCCCCAGAUGCCUCGGGUGAUUUUGUCGAUCUCGAGAAUCUUACUCCAUCGUAUUCUGGUGUCAUGUACCAUUCCUUGGGCAGCCAACCCGACGUGGGUGACCUGGACGACAUGGCCCGUAGGCAGGAUUCCUCGGACAAUGACUUUGACGGGCUUCCGAGCGAAGAGGAGGUACGAAAAAGUGCGGAGCAGAUAUUCGGCACAUCUUUUGUGGGCCCGCCAUCCCCACAAUCGCCAGCCAAUACAGGUGCUCAUGAGCCCGUUGGAGACGACUAUGAAAUGACACCAUUCGAUCUUUCACGUAUGUUCAGCGCUUUACAGGACAUGAAAAAUGAGAUUGCAGGAAUAGACGAUGAGGAAGAGAGAAGAAGGGCAGCUGCUCGUGUUGCGUUGGGAUUAGUAUAUGGAUUGGAGGCACAAAAGGACGGUGUUUGCUGACUCCGCCAGAUACUACUUACUAUUAGGAAUUGCACGUAGCAACGGGAUCCCUCGUGAUGGGUAUUCAAUUACAUACGCCGUACCUGAUCCAAGCUGAGUUGUGCAGUUGUCAGUGUUUUGUGGGGCAGAACUCAAUGGGAAUUAUGUACUGA